AUGAGCUCUGCACUGCCUUACAACUCGCUGUCAGCUCGGCCGAGUCCCAGCAGACAAGCUUUGGACUGGGAGUGCCAACAGCUGGCUGUACGUCGACUCUCCUCGCCGCGGAGUCUCGACCUGCUCUCUCCACCUCCUCUUCCUCGUCGACCCUCUGCGAUACCUGGUUACCUGCUGACGACCCACCAAGACCAGGAGGAGCAGCUCCAAAACCGGCAGCAGCGCCUUUCCUUGUCGGUGUGCUCAGAGGCAUCGCUGGCGCCCCCUGCACCUCCACCUGUGGGCGCUGCCCCACCCUGCUGCCGCCCAGUAGGAGUCAUGCACCUCCUGCGCCUGGGUCUGCUGGCCUUCAGCUGCCUCUUCUGGGCAGCCGGUUUGGCCAUCUUCACCCUGGGUGUGUGGGCACAGAUUUCACUGGCAGACUUCAUGCUGCUGUCUUCCAACCGCUACCCCAACGCCCCGCUCAUCCUUCUGGCCACAGGGGCGGCCAUCACCACUUGGGGCUUCCUGGGUUGUCUCGGGGUGGCUGCAAACCUGCCCUGUGUUCUCCGGGCGUAUGGGUUCUUCCAACUUGCUGCUCUUGUAGCGGGUUUAGCCGCUGGACUCUCAGGUCUCUUCUAUCGUGAAGACAUUGCCGGAGGAUUUCGCAGCGGCUUACAGCGAGCGGUGGCCGGCUACACCGAGGACGAAGGCCGUGCCGAUGCAUUAGACAGCUUGCAGAGGGCCCUGGAGUGCUGCGGAGCUGAAGGUUGGCGUGACUGGCUUUCUUCAGACUGGGCUAUCCAGCAUAUGACCUUUCUGCCCAAUGAGAACGGCACCUCGGUGUCCCUGCCGGACAGCUGCUGCGUCAGGCGCAAGGGUUGCAAGAAUCGACCUCUUCUGUCAGAUGAUGUUGAAGGAGUGGAAGCUGCAGGAAUCCAUCCACACGGCUGCUUCCGCAAAGUCUUCAGCUUGGUCAACGACAACGUCUUCCACAUUGCCGCCACUGUGUUGGGAUUGGCCUUCACCCAGAUCGGAGGCAUUGCCCUGGCCUGUCUGCUGGCCAACAAACUGGCGCCAAGACAACAUCGACGUGUGGUGGCACAUUAA